GCCCAUCGCCGAAGAAGAAAACAGACCAGGAAGAGCAGUUGACGGGAAGACGGAGAACAUUAUCAUUUCAAACAGCCAAAUAACCAAAGCUCAACAACUAAGGCCCAACACCCUCUGGCAAACAUGUCAUACGGCAAAGCAGAGAGCUACCGCUCUGUCCCACGGGACUUCAAUACCGUCAUUCAGACAUGUAGUUCCAACAUCCAGAAGAUCACACAGAACACUGCUCAGAUCAAGAGCAUGGUGAACCAGCUGGGGACCAGUCAGGACACCAGUGAACUCCAGGAUCGUCUGCAGCAGAUACAACAUUAUACCAACCAACUGGCAAAAGAAACCAACAAGCACCUUAAAGAAUUAGGAUCAAUCCCUUUGCCCACGUCACCCUCAGAGCAAAGGCAGCAAAAGAUCCAGAGGGACCGGCUGAUGAAUGAUUUCUCAGCAGCUCUGAACAACUUCCAAGCAGUCCAGCGACGUGUAGCAGAAAAGGAGAAGGAGUCAGUUGCGAGAGCGAGAGCUGGAUCCCGCCUAUCAAAUGAAGACAGUUCUCGGGAUGAAAAGCUUGUUUCCUUUGAUAACCAAGACGACUGGGGUCAGAUGACCACCCAGACAGAGGAGGUGGCCAUCACCGAGGAGGACCUGCAGCUCAUCAAGGAGAGAGAAACCAACAUCAGGCAGCUGGAGUCAGAUAUUUUGGAUGUAAACCAGAUCUUCAAGGACCUGGCAGUGAUGAUCCAUGAUCAGGGAGAGAUGAUUGAUAGCAUUGAGGCAAAUGUGGAAAAUGCUGAAGUUCAUGUAGAACGAGGAACAGAGCAGCUGCAGAGAGCUGCCUACUACCAGCAAAAGUCCCGGAAGAAGAUGUGUAUCCUUGCUUUGGUUUGUUCCGUUGUCCUCGUCAUACUUGGCAUCAUUAUCUGGCAAGCGGCUAAGUGAGUUGACUCCACACAACCAAUGUGUCACCACUAUAUUUUACUUUGCCCCUCCCACCUGCAAGUACCUGCUUGGAAUCACAAGAACAAGAGGCUGAUAACUUCACCAAGGUGAGCAGAUGAGCUCUAUGCAGAAGGAUGGUCAGUGUGGAAAACAAACUCAUCUGAACUGAUCAAGCCUGUUCUUGUAAAUAGCUGAAAAACAUCCUAUUUUAACUGAGAUGAAGGACUGAGGUGAUGCGGGGAAGCGACCAUUCAUUUCUUGUAUUAUUUACUGCACUAACACUAGCUGUCACUAUGUUUCAGAAUGAAAAAACAAUUAUGAGGAACGAUUUGAAUAAAGAACACAUGACCUUAUAAAUUAAAUUAAUGUGUGGUUUAAGGAGGCUGUAAUUUAUCUUCUUUUUUAAUUCAUGUUACUUGUUGUGGCAUCUUCUGCUGUAAAGUAUGUGGGAAGCCUGGCCUUCCCAGUAACAUUACAUGAGACCUGUAUGACUCCUGGUGGUGAUGGCAGUCUUGGAACGUGUUGUAAAAUGAAAGCUCUAACAGAUUACCAAUGUGAUUCAAAUCCACGUCUGUAAAUAUUACAAAGUGCUACAUUAUAUUCUGCUAAAAACAUUAAGAAUCAUGAAUAAUGGACAGUAUCUCAAAAAUGAAAGUCCGGUCUUCAAACAAAACUUUUUCAAAUUGAUUUCUCUUGACAGUAUGCAUAAUAAAUGUCAUAAACACUUAA